AUGUUUUUGUUUUUUAUCCAUGUGUGUUACUUGGUGUUCUGUUCAGUGGUUGCUUGCAUAACAAAUCGUAGAUUUUCAACUUCUUUUAUUAAUUCUCCCAGAAAUUUCUCUUAUAGCCUUUCAAAUUCUAAUUUAAAUACGUUUUCACAGCCGUUUAAUAAAGGAAUUGAGCGCGAAUUAAUUAAUUCAUCCAAAUUCUCUGACAGAAGGAUUCCUCUAUAUUACGCAGUCAAAUUGGUCCUUCCUGAAGGUGAAAAGGUAAUUGAGAGCGCUGAAGAUGAGUAUAUAUUGGAAUCCGCUGAAAGCCAGGGAGUUGAGCUUCCUUAUAGCUGUAGGGGAGGUAGCUGCUCUACUUGUGCAGCGACUUUGGUAUCUGGAGAAAUAGAUAACAGUGAACAGAGUUAUUUGGACGAUGAUCAGGUGAAGAAGGGGUACUGCCUACUCUGUACCAGCUACGCAAAGUCAGAUUGUACCAUAGAAACACAUAAAGAGGACAAACUACACGAAGAAGAAGAAACUAGUACAAACAAUAAUAUAAUAUAG